GCCAACAAUUAUUUGGCAGCGCACGGCCAAGAGAACGAACAAUUUCCCGUGACCGCAGCAUCCGUAGGAGAAUUUAUUACGACGAAAACAACAAACCACCUCCAACUGUUUGUAGAGAGAGUAUCCUUCCCCGAUGGCACCAAGACGUGGAGCCGUGGCUACGGCCUCCUCGGUCACCACUGCCAACACCAACGGUAGCAACUCGACGCUGCAGCAACAGCAGCAGCAGCAUCAGAUCCAGCAGCAAAUUCUGCAAUCCCAGACGAGUCUGUCAAGCUUGGGCGGGCUGGAUCUUUUCGGUGGUCUCGAUUCGGACCACGGCUUCGAAUCGUCGCACUCGGCAGACGGAUCGGGCUCGGAGGGCUCCAACAUGGGCCGCUGCUGCAUUCCGGCCGGCGAGUGUUUGAAGCCGCUCGGUGAUUACGGUUCGAUGAUCAAUCUGGAGGAUCUGCGUGAUUGCGUGCGGGUUCUGUGCAGCAACGAUAGCUGCACCGCCGGCCAGUACAUGCACCGCGAGUGCUUCGAGCAGUGGGAGGAAGGCAUCCUGGGCUACCUGAAAUCGAUCGGACGUGCCCGCUCCUGGUCGGAAAAGCAGCGGCAGCAGAAUCUGUGGACGAAGAAGGGUUACGAUCUGGUGUACAAGAUGUGCGGCUGCAAGUGCGGCCGAGGCCAUCUGAAGAAGGAUCUCGAUUGGAUCGUACCGACGACGGCCAGCCUGUUCGGUCGGGCCCUGAUCGGCACCGGGGGUGGCAACAAUGGUGGUGGUGGCGGUGGCGGUGGUAUCAUUGGUGAUACCGAGGAGUUGCUGAAGAAGAAAAAGAAACGUAACCGCCAGAACCAGAAGCAAUCGCAGCAGCAACAACAACAGCAACAUCAGCAAGCGCCGCAACCGUUGUUGGCCAUCUCGACGAGCGGAAACCACAGCAUGACGAGCAGUGCCAAUAGUAGCGCCACCAACAGUCCCAACGGUGGCGGAAAUCAGCUGCUGUCACUGCAGCAUCACCACGGCAGCAGCAGCCUCUUCCACCAUCAUCAGCAUCAUCAUCAUCAGCAACCGUCGGCGGCCGCUACCUCGAAUGCGCUGUCCGUGCUGAGCACGCUGAAGCUGUCGGACCAUUUCGCCAACUCGCUGAUACUGAAUGGCACCGGUGGAGGUGGUGGCAACUCUGUCUCGGGUCUAGGCGCAGGAGGGAACCAUUUCGGUCAGCAUCAUAAUCAGCAGCAGCAGCAGCAGCAGAUUACGGCUUCGGCGGCUGCCGUGGCGGCUGCGACCGCGGCUAGAAUGCGCGCCAACAGCCUAUCGUCGAUUAGCAAUGGGUCGAGUACACCACCGGCAUCCGGCACCUCGUCCGUGCUGUCGGGUAGCGGUGUUGGAUCGGAUCAGUCCAUCUCACCCGUCCACCAUCAUCACAACCACCAUCACCUUCAUCAUCAUCAGCAGCACCACAGCCAGCAUCAGCAGCAGCAGCAGCUGCAGCCGCCCAGUCCGGCCAGCAUCGCCAAGCUACCCCUGACACCGAAAUCGAAAGUGGAACUCUACUCCGAGCGUGUACGUGCUACAUCUGGUGCCAAUGGAAUCUUCUCGCGUCGACUGGACUUUUCCUCGUUCAACGCAUUGCCGCGGCAGCGAAUAAACUCGUAUUCGAUAAAGAUCGAAGAUGAAGGCAACCACGGAAACGACGAAACACGUCUCUUCAUUCUGUCGUCAUUGGCCGCACAACACAAGAGCCGCGUGGCGUGCAUCCUAUGCGAGGAACCAAUGCUAGUCUUUGACCGCUACCCGCUAGUCGAUGGAACCUUCUUCCUUAGUCCUAAGCAGCAUGCCAAAGGAUGCAUUGAAGUGAAGUACGAGAAUCGUGUCCAAUAUCUCACGUCCGUGUGCAUGGCGUGUCUGGAUGGUGUCGAGCCAAAUCGUGCAGUACGCUGCAGAUUCUGUGCCCAAAAAUGGGACGGAUCGUCGCUUGUACUGGGAACGAUGUAUUCGUACGACAUAUUUGCAGCAAUGCCGUGUUGCACCGAGCGACUGAAGUGCAACACCUGCUUCAAGCUUCUGCUGCAUCCGCAUCAACGGUUGAACUUCUACAGUGAUUACAGCCACAGCGUUUCGUGCCCGUACUGCAGUGCCCAGGAUACGCACUUCGUGAAGCCGCUGGCGUACUGCUACACCAAGCAGCCGAUGCAGUUGUUCCAGCACUGGCCAUAACAUGAGGCCACGUUGGAGUCUCCCAAGUCGAGUGUGACUAGUAGCUGCUUCACGGCCGCGCCGGUUGAUGCCGGUAGCCGUCAGGAGCAGCAGUCACCGUUCGGAGGAUCGUCCGCUUCAUGCUCUACGUCCGUGAUGCCAGCCGGUAGUGCGGAUAAAGCUGUCGUUGAUACUGCCGCAAUGAACUCCUUCAUCCAGGAGCUGCGCCACCUCAGCAACAGCAGCACCAUCAGCAGCAUUAGCAGCACGAGCACCGAUUCCGGGAUUUCGACUUCACACUAUGGAGACUCCAACGUCGGCAGUGGCCUGGCCGCUGCCAUCAUCAAUAGCCAUCAGCAGCAGACAACUAGCAACGCAAUCGCGCUCAUCCAACAAUCAAACGGAAAAGCUUCCUCCGGGAUGAUAAUUAGCUCGGGAGCAGUGCCGAAGACAGCGAUCUCAGCUCCGCCCGGUCUGUCGACGGCCGCAAUCUGGGGCAACAAAUCGCUCUGGGGCCCAGCACCUCCU